UCAUCUCUCAUUCUCCACAACAACCAUAAAAAGUCUUCGUCGAGUUGCGGGAUUUUGCUCGCAGACGGACAGCACAGCGGCUUGUGUUGGACCAAUAAACGGGCCGGUCUUCACGCUGACCCGCUGCGCGUGCCUUCCUGGGCUGCCUCUGGUCUGAUACUUUGCCAGGACGUUCAGCUCCAAGCAGUGGGGCACUCUGAAGAGCACAAACACGAUCAGCUUUACCAUGGGAUCGACUUGGGCGCUAGUCUGCUCCACCACUUUAGUCUUGGCUUUACUGAGCUCAGCAGCUAAAGAUGAACCCAACAUUGAGCAGCAUGAGAUCCCUUUUGACCUUGACCUCAGGAGAGGGAUUCCACAGCCAGAUUCAAUGAUGUUGCAGAAAGAGGUGGACUUAACAGACCUUAUUGAUCCUAAGGAGUUCCUCAUGCAGAAGGAAAUGGAUGUUCCACCAUUUCUCCUCAAUGGUCAAUCUAGUUUUGGGCCCCGUUCUUUUGGUGGCCCUCCCACUCUGAACUACCCCGUUCAGUUUCCCCUUAGCCGACCAACAUCUGACAACAUCCAAGCCGUGUGUCUCCAUGGAGACCAUCGACCCCGCUACCCCAGCUCAUAUUUUCCCCCGUCUGGUUUUGGCCAGAACAGGCGAAUGGCUACUGCUGUGAAUAAUGCAGAGUCCUGGUUUGGUUCGUGCUGUAAAAGGAACCAGACGUGGGAGGGAGACAUGAUGCUGUGUUGCGCCACUCAGGCGUGGGAGCUGUCACUUGAAUUGUUCUGUGAGGAGAACUCAAGAGUGAAAGAUCGUCAGCAUCUCUGCUGUUCAAGAGACAAUGGCAAACUAGACUGUUUCAAUGAGGCUGCUGAAAACCCAAGCUACGAGCCAACAGAGGUGCUACCAGUGGAGUCGCUUCCCCCCACUGUCAACUUCAGCUUUGAUCCCAGUACUUGCCAAAGGAAACUGAUGACUCCAUAUAGUGUCAGGGUACUUAGAAAAAAGAAGGAAAAGAAACCAUCGACUUCCCAGAAAAUUGACAUCAACUUUCCUCCUGGACGACCCACAGCAGAUAACAUUGAAUUACUGUGCAGCAACCAGAAGCUUCGGCCCCUCUAUAACACCAAGUGUUUGCCACGCUUUGGCUAUGAGCUGCUGGCUGUACAGGCCAAGACCAUUAAUCGUUUAGAAAAGGGAUUCAAACAGUGCUGCAAAAAGAAACAUGGUGUCCUCACCUGUGCUGACCAGAAGUGGCGUGAUGAGCUAAACAAGUUUUGCUCAGCUGCAAGCAACAAGCAGGGGCCAGUGGAUUUACAGUGCUGUUUGGGUGAUGAGGCAAAUGAUCAGUACACCUGUUUCCAGCAAACGUCUCCAGACCCAAACUAUAACAUGACUUCUGCCAGUGAGAAGCCCUCGCUUAGUAGAAUAUGUGACACUCACAGUAUUAUCAGGAAGAGAUUCCCUGUUGGGUUUCCUCUCACAACCUUUGUGAGCCAAUGCUGCCCCCUGCCUGAUGAAGAACGAGCCAGUUGUUCUGAGCAAAAGCUUGAAGAGAUAUCCCAGAACCUGUGUCCACCAAAGAAGCCGUCUCCAGCUGUUCGCCGCUGUUGCAAGACGGCUUCACGAGAAGCCGUUCCUCAGUGUAUCUCUAAAAUCAUCAUGGAUGCCAUCAACAAAGCAACCAAUGUCUUACGCCAGAAGAAGAGGAAAAGGUGCCCGAUUUCUUAAUGGUCUGAAAAUUGGAGAGAAUAUUCAAAAUAUGGACCAAAUUCUAGCUUCAUCUGCAUCUGCUGCCAGUGUUAGUAACAGUUACAUAACUAUAUAAGAAGCAUUUCUACCAUCUACAAUCAAACAGUAUACUGCUGAAUGCAUAGUUUUUAAAAACAGACUUUAGUCUGUUUCACUGUACCUAUGUUUUCAUUUUAUAGCUGCUCUUAACUUGAUUUUGAAUGUAGUUUUUUAUGGCUUUGGAGCUUCAAUAGCAAUAUAUUAUUUUUUAUGAUUUUGUUGUUAGGAUUGUAUCUGGAACAGUUCUAAUAAAAACACUUUAAAAUUCA